AUGGCUGAAGAAUUUGUCGGUGCUAUCGAUCAAGGCACAACCUCCACUAGAUUUAUCCUCUUUGACAAGAAAGGCCAGAUUCGCCUGUCACAUCAGGUUGAAUUUAACCAAUAUUACCCCCAUCCUGGCUGGGUGGAGCAUAACCCAGAAGAGCUCACCGACUCUGCCAACACCUGUCUUUAUGAGGUCGGAAAGAAGAUGUUUUCCGCAAACAUCCACACCUCCCAGGUCAAGGCCAUCGGUAUCACAAACCAGCGUGAAACUUCCAUCGUCUGGGACCGCAAGACCGGUAUCCCUAUGCACAACGCCAUUGUUUGGUCUGAUGCUCGCACCACUGAAACCGUCAAGAAGCUCAAAGCUCAGCCCGGCGCUGACAAGAUCCAGGAAACUUGUGGUCUCCCCAUCUCUACAUACUUUGCUGCCGUUAAGGUCCGAUGGAUCCUGGACCACAGACCUGAAGUCCGUGAGGUCUAUGAACGUGGCGAUCUGGCCUUUGGCACUGUAGACUCAUGGUUGCUUUGGAACCUUCUUGGUGGUCUCAAUGGCGGCCGCCACAUCACUGAUGCCACCAAUGCUUCCAGAUCCAUGCUUAUGAACAUCAAGACUCUCAAGUACGAUGACAAACUCCUCGACUUUUUUGGCCUCCAGAAAUUGGUUCUUCCAGAAAUUGUUUCCUCUUCUGAAACCUACGGUCGUAUUGGUACUGGCUACUUUGCUGGUGUUCCUAUUGCUGGCUGUCUCGGUGAUCAGUCCGCUGCCCUUGUUGGACAGCUCGGAUUUGAUGCUGGUGAGGCGAAAAACACAUAUGGUACCGGCUGCUUCCUGUUAUACAACACUGGCAAUGAACCAGUCAUUUCCAAGAAUGGCCUCCUGACCACCAUUGGCUACCAGUUUAAGGAUUCCCCUCCUGUCUAUGCUCUCGAAGGUUCCAUCGCCGUUGCAGGCUCCGCAAUCAAGUGGCUGCGUGACAAUAUUGGCCUCGUCUCUACCUCUGCUGAGAUUGGUGACAAUGCUGCCAAGGUUCCUGAUAAUGCUGGUGUCGUCUUUGUCACUGCUCUCUCUGGUCUCUUUGCUCCUUACUGGCGUGAUGAUGCUCGUGGGACCAUUGUUGGCCUGACACAAUAUACUACUAAGAACCACAUUUGUCGUGCUGUUUUAGAAGCUACCUGCUUCCAAUCAAAGGCCAUUCUUGAGGCAAUGGCCAAAGACUCUGGUGCUCCUUUCAAGGCUCUCCGUGUCGAUGGUGGCAUUACUAAUUCAGAUACCGCUAUGCAAAUCCAGGCUGAUCUUUUGGGAAUUGAUGUCAUUCGUCCCGCUAUGCGUGAAACCACUGCUCUGGGUGCCGCUAUUGCUGCAGGUUUUGCCGUUGGUGUUUGGAAGAAUAAGGAAGAACUCAAGACCAUCAAUCAAGAAGGAAAGACUAUCUUCAAAGGUACUUAUACUCCUGAACGUCGUGCUAAGGAAUACAAGCUGUGGAAUCGUGCUGUUGAGCGUGCUAUUGGCUGGUUAGAAGAGUCCGAUGUUGAAGAUGCUGACGAGUAA